AGAACACAAGUAAAUUAAAAAUUUCUCAGGGCUUAACUGAUUCACACAAGUUUUAACAUUUCAUUGCCAUUACGCCACGUUGAACAGAGGCUCUCAACGGAUUAAGAGUAUAUAUAUAUAUUGCUUUCUAUAUGCCCCGCUGCGUUUCAUUUCGCUCUCGUUUUCACCCUGCCUGCUCCGGAAUCGAGUGAGGUAUUUAAUAUAAACUAUUUGAAUAAUUCAGAGACAGCAUUCUGGCCGAGGUCCUUGGGCUUAAUCUGCCCCCGGGAGGCGGAAUUGUUUUAAGAGAGCGCAGCUCAGCGGUAAUGAGCGAACAGCGGAGAGCUUUGGUUAAGCAGCUCGUAAAGUCCGCGAAUGUGAUUUUGGUGGCACUGCUGGUCUACAACUUGUGGCGCCACAAAUGGACCAAAGUGAAUUUCAAUCAGUAUCGGUUUUGAUUGAUUUUCGUCAUUCCGCGGGCUUUUACCAUGUAUGUAUGUGUGUGCGUGCUGAUUGAUUGAUUGAUUGAUUAAUUAAUUAAUGAAACGAACAUCAGCUUAAAUGUCAUUAACAGUUGGCCGGGACUAACGACUCUUGAAUGUGGCCGAUGGGAUUUGCAAAUUUAAUUUCCUCUACCAGUGGAUCUGUCAAGUGGCUGGUGAUAGAUGGUUAUUUUCUGGGGAAGGACUAUGGUGGGGAAUUGAUUUCAGAUCAAGCUUGCAUUGUGAUUGUUUAAAAAUGAUUUAUUUAUAAGGAUUAAUGUGAGUAACGAGAACACAAUAAAAAUUUAAAUUGUUUUGCAA